AGACAGCCGUGGGGAGAGCAGUAACCGGUCAGAAAUGACUCCACAAUAAAAUAUGAGGAAUAAACCGACGAUUUGAAAACCAGGAUCCCGAACCUCUGGAUUCUUCCGCACUGGAUAUUUUCUUUCAUUUAGUCGCGCCGGAGGAAUAUUUUCCCUUUAUCGUUAGAUUUCCCUCUGUGAGCUGAGAUCUUGUGCCAGCAACGGUCCUUUUUUCCAGAGUAAGCCGCCAGGAUAAAAACCAUACCUGGCGCAGGUCUCAUGUAGUCCGCCUUUGCUCGCUUCCACAGAUAAGGACGCUAGAUUAGAGAAUACCUUGCUCUCAGGGUUUUUCCAUCCACAAGAAAAUGUGAUUCCUUGUCCUUCCCGUGAGGUAGCCAAGCCCCGUCGUUGGCAUCUGAAACAGCUGGGUCGUGUCGCGAAGAUUGUGGAUUAAAGUCUUUUUCCUCUGAGAAAGCCCGGUCGCGUUUCAGUGGCCUUUUGCCAAAAUGAGCGUCGAUUUAAUUGAAUCAACUACAUGAGUGGAGCCUAAACAAACACUUUUUUUUUUUCCCAAGGAGUGCAUAUUUUUUUUCAUAUCUGCUGAAAUAAUCGGCGCCAGUUGCCCUGGAAAAUAUGGAAAGCGAGGUUUUCACCCCGUUGCUGGAGCAGUUUAUGCUCACGCCUCUGGUCUGCUGGGUGAAGGCCGUCGGGCAGUCGACAGUGACCGAUGGCACCAAAUUAUCGGAAUAUAUUGAAUUAGUGGAUGGGAUUUACCUGAACGAGAUAAUGCUUGAGAUAAAUCCUAAGGCCACGGUGCAGAGGACCAACAAGAAAGUAAACAAUGACCCCACACUGCGCAUCCAGAACCUUUCUAUCCUCAUCCGGCAGAUUAAAACCUAUUAUCAGGAGAGUCUCCAGCAGCUGGUAAUGAUGCCUUUACCAAACGUGCUGGUACUGGGCCGGAACCCUCUCUCUGAACAAGGUCUGGAGGAGAUGAAGAAAUUAUUGCUGCUGUUACUUGGCUGUGCUGUUCAGUGUGAGAAGAAGGAGGAGUACAUUGAGCGUAUCCAGACUCUGGACUUCGACAGCAAAGCUGCCAUAGCGUCCCACAUCCAAGAGGUGACUCAUAACCAGGAAAACGUAGUGGACCUGCAGUGGUUGGAAAGUGGGGAAAUGCCUCCUGAGGAUCUGGACAGCCUCUCCAGAAACCUGGCUUUCCACCUCAAACGCCUGGUGGAUGAAAGGGACACACAGCUGGAGACUAUAGUGGAGUUAACCCAGGAGAGAGACUGUGUGCAGUUGUCUCCUCUGGCUCCCUGUCCAACACAGUCCCCCGGUGACUCCCCCAGCAUGAGGAGGACAGAAAGCCGACAACACCUCUCUGUGGAGUUGGCUGAUGCCAAGGCCAAGAUCAGACGCCUGCGACAGGAACUAGAGGAGAAGAGUGAGCAGCUUUUGGACACCAGACAGGAGCUUGAGAACAUGGAGGUGGAGCUCAAGAGGCUCCAGCAGGAGAGCUACCAGCUGCUGUCUGACGCUCGGUCGGCUCGGGCCUACCGUGACGAGCUGGACGCACUCAGAGAGAAAGCGAUCCGUGUCGACAAACUGGAGAGCGAGCUGGGCCGUUACAAGGAGAGACUUCACGACAUUGAGUUUUACAAGGCCAGAGUUGAGGAGCUGAAGGAGGACAACCAGAUCCUGCUGGAGACUAAGACCAUGCUGGAGGAACAACUGGAUGCUAGCAGGACCCGGUCUGACAAACAGCACCACCUGGAGAAAGAGAAUCUACAGCUCAAAUCCAAGAUCCAUGACCUGGAGAUGGAGCGGGACAUGGACCGUAAACGCAUGGAGGAGCUGUUGGAGGAGAAUCUUGUUCUUGAGAUGGCCCAGAAACAGAGCAUGGAUGAGUCUCUGCACCUGGGCUGGGAGCUGGAGCAACUAUCCAAGACACCAGAGCUGACUGAUGCCCCCCAGAAGUCCCUGGGUGAGGAGGUGAAUGAGCUGACCUCGAGCCGCCUGUUGAAGCUGGAGAAAGACAACCAGACCCUGCUGAAGACUGUGGAGGAGCUCAGAGGAGCAGCCAGUCAGGACACAGUGGCAAAACUGGCUAAAGUCACCCAAGAGAACCAGAGACUUAACCAGAAAUUGGAGCAGCUGCAGAGUGAGCUGACAGCAGACAUAGAGUCGCUCCGCAGUGCUGAGUCGCUCAGCACUGACCUGAUGAAGGAGAAGGCUUUACUGGAGAAGACUCUCGAAACACUCAGAGAAAAUUCUGAGAGACAGCUGAAGGGUCUGGAGCAGGAGAACAAGCACCUGAGCCAGACGGUGUCUUCUCUGCGUCAGCGCUGCCAGGUAGGUGCUGAGGCCCGGGUCAAGGAUGUGGAGAAAGAGAAUCGCGUUCUCCAUGAGUCCAUCUGCGAGACAACCGCCAAACUCAACAAAAUGGAGUUUGAAAGGAAACAACUGCGCAAGGAGCUCGAGGUGAUGAAGGAGAAAGGAGAGCGAGCAGAGGAGCUGGAGAUUCAGAUGCAGAAGCUGGAACGGGACAACGAGAGCCUGCAGAAGAAAGUUGCCAGUCUUGGAAUCACCUGUGAAAAGGUGUCUUCUUUGGAGAAGGAGAACACGGAGCUGGAGGCAGAAGGCCGUCGUCUGAAGAAGAAACUGGAUGCUCUAAAGAACAUGGCCUUCCAGUUGGAGGCUCUGGAAAAGGAGAACUCCCAGCUGGAGCAGGAGAACCUAGAGCUUCGGCGUUCGGCUGAGAGCUUCCGGUCAGCAGGGGCUAAGGCCAUUCAGCUGGAAGCCGAGAACAGAGAACUGGAAAGUGAGAGGAGCCAGUUGAAACGUAGCCUGGAACUGCUCAAAGCCUCAUCCAAGAAGACCGAGAGAUUAGAGGUGAGUUACCAGGGCCUAGAUACAGAGAACCAGCGCCUGCAGAAAGCUUUAGAGAACAGCAGCAAGAAGAUCCAGCAGUUGGAGGCAGAACUGCAAGAGGUGGAGACUGAGAAUCAAACCCUGCAACGCAACCUGGAGGAGCUCAAGAUCUCCAGUAAACGCCUGGAGCAGCUGGAGCAGGAGAACAAGACUCUGGAGCAGGAAAGCUCCCAGCUGGAGAAAGACAAGAAGCUUCUGGAGAAGGAGAACAAGCGGCUGAGGCAGCAGGCCGAGAUCCGCGACUCCAAGCUGGAUGACAGCAACCAGCGGAUCUCCUCCUUGGAGAAAGAGAAUCGAACCAUGGGCAAGGAGAUGAUCUUCUUCAGGGACUCCUGCACGAGAGUCAAAGACCUGGAGCGAGAGAACAAGGAGCUGGUCAAACAGGCCUCCAUCGAUAAGAAGACCCUCAUCACACUCAGGGAGGAGCUUGUGAGUGAGAAGCUGCGGACUCAGCAGAUGAAUAAUGAUCUGGAGAAACUGACCCAUGAGCUGGAGAAGAUUGGAUUGAACAAAGAAAGGCUGCUGCAUGAUGAGGGUUCAGACGACAGGUUUAAGCUCCUGGAAACCAAACUGGAGUCAACCCUGAAAUCAUCUUUGGAGAUCAAAGAGGAGAAGAUUGCUGCCCUAGAGGCCAGACUGCAGGAGUCCUCGAACCUCAACCAGCAGCUUCGCCAGGAACUCAAGACAGUGAAGAAAAACUAUGAAGCGCUGCGUCAGAGGGAGGAGGAGGAGAGGAUGGUGCAGAGCUCGCCCCCUAGAGGAGGAGAGGAACCUCAGACUAUCAGUAAAUGGGAGAAGGAAAGCCAUGAAGCCACCAGGGAGCUGCUGAAAGUCAAAGACAGACUCAUUGAAGUGGAGCGGAAUAAUGCCACGCUGCAGGCUGAGAAGGCGGCCCUGAGGAGCCAGCUCAAACAACUAGAGUCUCAAAGCUCCAACCUGCAGGCUCAGAUAGUGGCCCUGCAGAGACAGACGGCGUCCCUACAGGAGAACAAUACCACACUACAGACACAGAACGCCAAGCUGCAGGUGGAGAAUUCUACCCUGAGCUCUCAGAGUGCAGCCAUCAUGGCCCAGAAUGCCCAGCUGCAGAGUCAGCAGAGCAGUGUGGAGGGCGAGCGCGAGGGAGCUCUGAAGGAGAAAGAGGAGCUGAGGGCCACCUACGAGCUGCUGCUCCGUGAUCACGAGAAGCUUGCGGCGCUCCAUGAAAGGCAGGCAGCCGAGUAUGAAGCCCUGAUCGGAAAGCAUGGGGGCCUGAAGAGCUCCCACAAGAGCCUGGAGCAGCAGCACAGGGACUUGGAGGACAAGUAUAAGCAGCUCCUGCAGAGGAAGGGGGAUCUGGAGGAGCUGGAGAAAAAUCUGAAGGAGCAGCAGGAAAAGAUGGCACUGGAGAACCAAACACACCAAGCCACAGCUGACCAGUGCAAACUUCUCAAAGAUGAAAACGAUAGACUUAAUACUACCUAUCGUCAGCUGAUGAAGGACAAUGAGAAUCUUCAGUUGGACCAUAAGAACAUAAAGAGCCAGUUGAACAGCGCCAAGCUGGAGCAGACCAAGCUGGAGGCUGAGUUCUCUAAACUGAAGGAGCAGUACCAGCAGCUGGACAUCACCUCCACCAAGCUCACCAACCAGUGUGAAUUGUUGAGCCAGCUGAAAGGAAACCUGGAGGAAGAGAACCGUCACCUGUUGGACCAGAUUCAGACUCUGAUGCUACAGAAUCGCACCCUGCUGGAGCAGACCAUGGAGAGCAAAGACCUGUUCCACGUAGAGCAAAGACAAUACAUAGACAAACUAAAUGAGCUGAGGAGACAGAAGGAGAAGCUGGAGGAGAAGAUCAUGGACCAGUACAAGUUCUACGAUCCUUCACCUCCACGCAGGCGUGGCAACUGGAUCACUCUGAAGAUGAGGAAGCUGAUCAAGCCGAAGAGCCGGGAGAGGAUGCGUUCUCUCACGCUGACUCCGUCUCGUUCAGAGUGUGGCGACGGCUUCCUGUCUUUUCCCCAGGACAGUCAGGACAGCUCGUCCAUAGGCUCCGGCUCCAACUCGCUGGACGACACACUUACACAAAAGAGGAGCAGCACUAUAAAAAGGUUGCCUUUCAUGAGGAACAGAUCCAAGGACAAAGACAAGGCCAAAGCCAUCUACCGGCGCUCCAUGUCCAUGAAUGACCUGCUGCAGACCAUGGCAGUGGCAGGCGUUUCCGGGACUCAAUGGGCGGGCAGCAUAGAGAACCUAGAUGGCACUGAGGCCGGAGACGCCACCAUGACAGGCAGCAGCAAGCGCAGCGGGCAGCGCAUGAAGGAGCUCGCCUUUUCCACCAACGCCAUCGACUGUGCUACCCUCACCCUGCCCACUUCAGGGCACAGCAGGGCCAAGCACCGGCUUCAGGUCAAAGAUAAUGCCUCCUGCGAGGAUGUUGCUGGCUCCUCAGAUGACCCCAAGAGUCAGGGCCUGCAGGUGUAUAGCAGUGCUUUGGCUCUGCAUCCUUCCCCCGUUGAGCUGAGCAUUAGGUGCAGAGUGCCCUGUAGCAUCUGUACCACCAGACCCUCCAGUCUCCAUAGCAACAGGACCACCAGUAGUAAUAGUAACAAUAACUCCCACCUCACUUCUCCUCUGGAGGGCAAAGGCACAUUGAACGGCAGCCUCAGCAGGCCUCACAGUGAGAGCAGCGGGGAGUUCAGCCUCAGCUUAGACCAGGAGGUGUGGUCCAGCAGCGGCAGCAGCCCGGUCCAGCAGCCCACCUCCUCGCGCUCCUCCCACCAGAGCCCCCUGCAGCUGCGUAGGUCGCUCGACCCGUCUACCGCCGCAGGUAGCCCCGGCCAGACCCAGAUCAGGAAGACGGGAUCUCCAGGCAGCGAGGUACUUUCCCUGCAGCAGUUCCUGGAUGAGGGUAUUGAUCCUGCAGAGUCUGGCAGUCAGGAGAACCUCACUGUAGACUCUCCUCGCCUCUCCACUUCUUCUGAGCAUGUGCAGAAAGAACGCACUUCCACGAAGGGCCGAGGCAUUUUACGCUCAUCCAGCGGGAAAGCAGCACCGGGCAGCUCCGAUCGCCCGCCGAGAUCCUCGGGACAACCGGGGCGCCCGACCCUGCGGAAGGCUGAGAGCACCCGUGUGAAGGGCUCCGUCCCAGUCCGCUCCAGUCUGUCCUCACAGGGCAAAGCCACAUCCGUCUCUGAGCGCCUGGACUCGGCUUCCUCCACGUUGCCCCGAGCCAGCAGCGUCAUCUCCACCGCCGAAGGCACCACGCGGCGCACCAGCAUCCACGACCUGCUCUCGAAGGACCACCGGCAGCCUGUGUCGGUCGACGCUUCUCCUCCUGUCUCUUCCACCAAGGCUGGGGUACGCUCCCAGCCUACACCCAGUGAGUACCACCCCAACAGCUCCAACCUAAAGGGACCCCUUAUCACCACCACCCCCCUGCCCAAGUCACUCAGCUUACCUUGCCAUAGCUUGGAGGACCCCGACCUCUCCACCCUCGAAUCUUUCCUUGGCCCUUCCUUCACUGUCGAGUCGGUGUUCAUGGACUCCAUUUUUAGUGAUACAGCAAGCAAAAACCUCCCUUUCCUGUCUCUCAACCCCACCCUAGUCAGCAAUAUCAGUGGGCCGCCUGUUACAAAUAAAACACCCCCUGCUCCACCUAUCGCAAACCACAUGUCCACCCAAAACCAGACGCCUCACAGCCAAUCAAACGGCCCGAUGAGAUCUGGCCCAGCCAGUCUGAAAGAGUAUAACGAGGGCGUUGACCCCAAUCAUGUGAAUAAUUCGGACCAGUCACUGAGCCCAGAGGACAACCAGUCUCUGUGGUAUGAGUACGGGUGUGUGUGAAUGACAGGGAGGUUCUGGCUUGCUGAUCUUCAUACCAGAUGUGACUUAAAGAGCGGAGAAUGAAAGGAUGGAUAAGUGACAAAUCCUCCUCCUCUGCAUGUAUUUAUCAGAGCACUGUCUUUCUCUGUGUGGUGUAUUGGUUUCAUGCUUCCCUGUUUCCCGUGGUGCUGAUUGGUGAUUUGCUGUUUUGUUUUGUCUUUUUUUUUUCUGUCACCACCUGUCCUGACCUUUUUUCUGUCCUGUUCUGUUCUCUAAGGUUAGACUUUGAUCAAUGUCCCUCCGUCCAUCAACCUUCACCAUAUUUUUGUUUCCUCAUCCAAUCUGUUUUCACUGGCUAACACUAUACUAUUAUCUGCUGUAGUGGGUUUAUACAUCACAGUGAAGACUUCAAUCAUAAAUUAGCUGAGAGCAGAAAUGAUUCAGCCAUUAAAAAAAAAUAAAUAAAAAAGCAGCGGAAAAUCUUAAUGUCUCUGAUAAGGAGCAAAGCAUUGUGGGACAGAUUUCAUAGUAGCAAUUUCUUCAAACGAAAGUCUUUCAGUAUCAGAUAAUAGAUUCACCUGUUGUUCAUCUUGAUGUUUUAGUGUAUGGGGGAGUGUCCUCUUCACUGCUUUUAACUCAGUUGCAUUAUCCACUAAACUGCAUGGCUUGGUUUUGUCUCAGCCCCGACCUGAAACGCUCAUUUUGAUUGCUGUGAUCAAAAUGUUUAUGUUUAUCCUCUUUUUGUUUCUAUUGAUGUGUUUUUUUUUGACACCUUUUUCUGUAUUUUCUUUUAUAUUAACUGGAUCCGUUGCUCUACGGAUGAUGAGUUUUGACCUGUUGGACUUCUUGGCCUGGUGACAGAAUGAUGAAGCUUCAUUCCUGGAAUAAUCUGAGGGCAGGAUUUAGUUGGUUAAGUGAAAGUUGACAGUGAAGGUAGUGGAAUAUGAGUGAUUAUUAGUUUUAGGCAGGUCUUGAUUAGGAGUUACUGAAAUAGGGAGUGAUUGUAGUAAGUUGAGAAUAGUUUGCAGCGGCCAGAUUGUUUUGUGAAUGAAGCUAACAUCAUUUCUUUUGGUGUCUGGGCACUUAUUUACCCAUCGUGAUGCACCACAUCUUGAGAAUGAAUAUUUCAUUAUGUAUUUUAGACUGACAAGAUCUUGUACAGAUUGUUGUAAUCAUUAAGUUAUAAUCAAAGACGAGCACUGCUUUAUGUGCCAGUACUAGUAGAACAGUCUGCAUCUAGAUCCUUAUUUAUUUUCUGCUUUUGUACUCUGUAGUUGCUGUUUUGAAGUUGCUUUAUUGUAUUUAUCUUGAUCUACAGUAUAUGCAGGUAUAAAGUAAAUGAAAAUGUUCUUGUCACUGUCUACAGAUGUAACAUAAACAUUGCCUUUGUCCUACAGAUGAGGAGGGCAGAAAGUCUAAAAGCAGGAGCGGGGAGCCGCAGCAAAGCUGCUAAACCCUGCCCCCCCCACACCCUCGUCUGUCUACUACCAUGCUGUGAGCGCGUGGUGAGUGAGUGCUGCUCGAGUGGGAGGAAUAGGGGGUGGGAUGAUGGGCGGGGGGGCAGUUCAGUCUUGUCUCCAUGGGAACCUAUAACAUGGUGUAACAGAUGUCGUCCAUCCUGCCGUGCACUUGCUUCCCCUGCUUCUCUAAGCUGUUACCCCAAAGCUCCCCUCCUCACUGUCCUGUCCAUUGCCCCACUGUCCCUGCGGUGCCAAACGCCUGUUCACCGAGCCUGAUGGGACCCUGGUCUGCAUGGCAUAUGGGCCGUUUUACCAUGUUUCUCUGACUGGAUGAACAUUUGUUUCCCAAGAUCCCCACAGGAAGAGGAGUUCUGCAACCCCAGCAGCUCACGGUGUCCCUCCUCCGUGAUGCUUAUUUUGUUUUUGGUAAAGGUGACUGCUGAGCUUCCUCCUGGUAAAAAACAAAGAAAACAAAACACAAGGCUCUUUACGGUUUUCAGGCUGCUUAUUGUGGCUGCAUGGCUUUGGUGUAGCGCUGAAAUCCUUCCCCCUUCUCCUUCCCUUGACAAUGCAUGCAUACCCAGGCUGGCUGCUGUCCCCUCUUGUACAUCACUGUCUUUACUGUUACAAUUUCUGACUUUUAACCUUCUUCUUUCUCUGUUUUUUUUUUUUUAACUUUGUCUUCCUUUGUGUUCUAUUUUCUUCCACCUUGGCUUCUUUAUUUUUCUAACCUGUCUCCUUUUCUUUCUUCUCUUACUCUUUCCACUUCCUCUUUGCUUGCCUGGGACACAGAGAGAAAGGUGGCCUUGGAGCUGUGUGUCUGAAGCCUAGUAGAGUUAAUCUGCUGAGACCGUCUGCAGUGAGAAAAGAUUGUAUAUCCCAGUUUCCUUUUUCUUCCGUUUUGUGUUUUUUUUUUUUUUUUUUCAGUAGAGAAAAGUGGCUUCCUUCUCUGUUUUGUUUUUCUUCCUUGAAUCAAGGAAACAACAGAAAAAUACGAGAAAAUGUUGUGGUGACAGUUUUUUUUUCUAUAAAGACUGCUGUGGCAGAUAGCACUGCCAUGUGUUCUUUAGUGUGACGGACUCCAAGAUGUGCACUAGUCUCUACGGACUAAGAUUGAAGUGCCAAUGUACACACAACAGCCAAAAGGGUGAUCUUCAACCAGACUAAGGACUUCAUUUUGGAUCUUCUGUGCAACUUCAGAGUCAGCCGGACUUUCUUCUGCCCGAUGCCGUGAUCAUUAAAAAAAAAACAAACAAAAAAAAACCUGAGUGUUUUUGUAAACGGGCAGCAUGCACAAGCAAAGACAACAUUUAGUUAGUCUCUUAAAAACCGUUUUCAAAGCAUGUCA